AUGAAGCGCGGGGCAGUAGUCUUGAAACCGAUCCAGUAGGUGACGGGUAGUGUCUGUGUAUCUUUUUUAGUGUGGUUUUUAAUUAACGAACAGUUGAGUUUUAACUCCUCCUGUGUUAAAAAAUGAGCUGGCAGGAUUAUAUUGACAAGCAAUUGCUUGCAUCAAAAUGUGUAACCAAAGCGGCUAUCGCCGGACUUGACGGAAAUGUCUGGGCAAAAUCGGAUGGCUUCGAAGUUAGUAAAGAAGAACUAGCGAAGCUCGUCCAAGGUUUCGAUAAUAAGGACACUUUAACGUCGUCGGGUGUUACAUUAGCCGGCAAUAGGUAUAUUUACCUGUCAGGAACAGAACGGGUGAUUAGGGCAAAAUUGGGCAAAGUUGGUGUUCAUUGUAUGAAGACGACCCAAGCGGUAGUUGUAUCCCUUUACGAGGACCCCAUUCAACCACAGCAAGCUGCCUCCGUCGUCGAAAAAUUGGGCGACUACCUUCUGUCCUGUGGCUAUUAGUGACCACUGGAAUUCAACACAAAUAUCUAAUAUUAAUAAUAACGAUACGGACGAUGAUUUUUUUAAUGACAGCGAAUGAAAUGAUCGCACCGUGCCGCACGAGACGCGCCGAACCUGCCGCAAGUCUGUCACUUUGAAAAAGAAACAAAAAAAAAAAUGAUGAAAAAGCAUCAAAAAUCAUUAUCGUCAUCAGCAUCAUCAUCAUCAUAAGAAAAACAGCAGCAACAACAACAACGGCAGCAACGUAAGCCAGUCAUCGUUCUCUCUUCUUCAAGUCGACAUGAAAUAUCCGCGAAAACGAAAGAAACACACAUCUCACACGCAAUUCGCUCCUAUUUUUUCACUUUCUUUUUCUUUUUCUUGAAACCUCUCCAAUUAAAUAAUCUUUCCAUUAAAAAAUUGUUAUCUUUCAUUCCCUCACCCCUCUCUUUCUCUCCUUCAAGAAUUUAAAAAAAAACUUCAUCGUGUGGGGUCGAUUUGUUAAUCGCGUGUUGUCGAGUUCAUCAAAAAAUAAUAAAUAAUUCAUCGAGCGCAACGGUGCGACUUGAACCAAAAUUUUGUAUUUUUGAUCGCUUACGCGGCGCUUCGAGGAAAUGAUAAAAAAACAAACACACACACACACACGUAAUUAAGUUAAGUAACAAUAAUAAUUAUUGAUAAUUAAUAUUAAACUAUUGUAUUAGGUUACAGUUUUUUGUAGCUGCGAUAAAAUGA